AUGAUCAAGACACAGAUUGGGUUGGGCGUGCUAUCUAUCCCAUCUGCUUUCGAUGCCCUUGGUCUCGUUCUUGGUGUAAUCUGUCUGCUCGGAAUUGGUGGCAUGAUCACCUGGGGUAACCACGUCGUUGGUGCAUUCAAGCGCAACCACCUCAAAGUCUACAGUAUUGUGGACGUUGGUGAGAUGUUGGGUGGAAAGAUUGUCAAAGAGUUUAUGACCCUUGCCUUCAUGCUGUGGUGGAUAUGUCUCGCAGCUGCUGGUUUCUCGAUUAUCUCCACCGUCUUCAACGCCUUGUCUCUCCACGGAGCCUGCACUGCUGUGUUCGUUGCCGUAGCCGCGGUCAUCGGUUUCCUGACUGGCUCCAUUCGAACACUGGGGAAGAUCUCGUGGCUUGCAUGGAUUGGUGUGAUUUCCAUCAUCACCGCUCUGCUGACAUUGACAAUCGCCGUUGGCCUUCAGGACCGCCCAGCCGAAGCGCCCCAGACCGGACCUUACGUCUCCAACUACAAACUGAUCCGAAACCCUACCUUCAAUGAGGGUAUGGGAGCCAUUAACUCUUUCGUCUUCGCGUACGCCGGCACUCCGGCCUUCUUCGCCAUCAUCUCUGAGAUGCGCGACCCUGCCAUGUACAACAAGGCCAUUUACACCUGCCAGGCCACCAUGACUGGUAUCUACGUCCUCGUCGGUGUCGUUGUCUACUACUUUUGCGGCACGUUCGUCUCCUCUCCCGCUCUUGGAUCCGCCCGCUCCCUCCUCAAGCGUGUAUGCUACGGUCUCGUUCUUCCUUGCCUCAUUGUCUUGACUUGCCUCGUCACCUACUACCCUAAUAAAUACGUCUUUCUGCGCGCACUCAAGGGCUCCAAGCACCUCGUUUCCAACUCCAGGAUCCACUGGACAACAUGGUUGUCUUGCACGCUUAGAGUCACAAUUGUUGCGUACAUCAUUUGCUUGGCGGUUCCUAAUCUUGGUCCUAUUAUUUCGCUUGUUGGCGCCUUGCUUGCUACGUUUAUGUCUCUGCAGCCUCUUGGAGCUAUGUGGCUCUACGACAAUUUCAAGCGACCCAACAAGGGCCUAAGGUGGAUGGUUGGUGUAGCCUUUGCUUUGUUCGUGAUCUCCAUCGGUACCUACAUUAUGGUUGCUGGUUCCUACAGCGCCAUUGUUGCUAUUAUAGCUGAUUACAACUCGGGUUCGUCAGGCGCCUGGUCUUGCGCUGACAACUCCAACUCGGCUAGUGGCGGACACUAG